CCAGAAUCCUUUGCAGGGUGAAGCCACGACUGUUUAAAGUGGUAUCAUAGCGCUUUAAAUGUGUGGUGUGGAUGUGGCCUUUAACAGAAUUGAGCCGAGAGGAAAAUGGGGACAAAGCUGGGGCACAACCAAUAAUUGGCUUUCCCUCCACCCACUGUUGGUUUCUCUUCCUUCUGCCCCAUCAGUGCCCGUUUGGGCACCCCCACCACUGGCAUAGAGCUUUUUUGUUGUUGUUAAGGAGGCUGUGGCAAUAGGCUAAUAGGUGACGGUCCCUUUAAGAGGAAUAAAUACUCUCCUCUUCCCCCUCCCGCCCUGAGAGUGGUUACUAUGGUAACUGUCCGGGAUUAAGACGCUGCAACCGCUGCUGCUGUUGUUGCUACUUAAAUCUCUCUGCAGAGAGUAUCUGCUGGAGGUUGGAGGCUAGAAAUUCCCUGUCCUUUUGCUUGUGUGAGUAAGCGAUGGACACCAACAGCCCCAUCCAAGUCUGAGGGAGGUACUUUUGAGCAGCCCCAGCCUGAAGAAUUUUUGCGUCUUCCAAAUAUGUGGACUGCAAUUCAUUUUUUAAAUAAAAUCCUUUUUUAAGAUAGCUUUAAAAAUGCCAUUACUAAGGGACUAGAUCCAUCGUGCUUCCAGAAGGGGACUUGAUGUUGGAGAAGGAUCUGUAAAGUUUGAAAAGUGAAGGAGGCAAGAUAUCUAGGGAGUCCUGAUUUUGGUACAAUUCAGCUGUGAUGGGUAAAGAAAAGAAGAGAGACAGUAAGAAAGGAGAAAAGUCUUUGCCUCCUCCUUCCGCACACGAGCCCUCAGUAGAACCUGCUACUUCUGUACAGAACAUCCCACCGGCUGUAAAUCAAGUGGAUGAACAGGCAGCAGCCCAAACAGUUCCCCAAGAAGAGGUGAAAGAAGCAGUGGCCCUUCCACCCACAGAACCCAUUGAGUAUGAGGAGCCGAUUCUGACUCAGCUCAUCGUUGAAAGCUACGAAGGAGAAAAAAUCUGUGGGUUAUAUGAGGGAGAAGGAACAGCUCGUUUUCAAGGAGGCAAUGUAUACAAGGGCAUGUUUUCUGAAGGCCUCAUGCAUGGACAAGGAACAUACACAUGGGCUGAUGGAGUGAAGUAUGAGGGAAACUUUGUGAAGAACCUACAAAUGCAUCAUGGCAGUUACACCUGGCCAGAUGGCAGCAUCUAUGACGGAGAGGUAAAGAGCGGGAUCAGGCAUGGCUUUGGCAUGUACAAGUGUGGCACCUACCCUGUUUCGUACAUUGGCCAGUGGGUCGAAGGCAAAAGGCAUGGCAAGUGCAAAGGAAAUGCAAAUACGGAAACGGGCACCAUUUAUUACAACAAGGAAGGUUCUUCCUGGUAUGAAGGUGACUUCGUAUUCAAUGUAAAAAGUGGAUGGGGAAUAAGAUGUUAUAAAUCUGGAAAUAUCUAUGAAGGCCAGUGGGAGAGGGACAUGCGUCAUGGAGAAGGGCGGAUGAGGUGGCUCACGACAAAUCAGGAAUAUACCGGGCAGUGGGUUAAUGGCAUACAGCACGGCUAUGGUACCCACACUUGGUAUCUGAAGAGAAUACCCGGAUCACAAUACCCCCUAAGGAAUGAAUACGUGGGAGAUUUCGUCAAUGGGGACCGCCAUGGACAUGGGAAGUUCUUCUUUGCCAGUGGAGCAAUGUAUGAUGGGCAGUGGGUUCACAAUAAGAAGCAAGGCAUGGGUAAGCUUGUGUUCAAGAAUGGCCGUGUCUAUGAAGGCGAAUUUAUAGAUGACCAUAUGGCAGAAUAUCCAUCUUUUCAAAUUGACAUCAUGAAUAACCAAGAUCUGAGCGGCAUUCGGACGACGAGUCCCUUUGGCACUGAGAGUAUCAAAGUUGUUGAUGGCCCAGAUAGUACAUCUGCACUGGGAACGAAUAUAGAAAUAGAUAUAUCAACUUUGUUGGCUAUAUUUCCAGAAGAAAACAGGGAAGAAGAAAUCAAACAGACAGAGUUUGCUGUACUGAGAUAUAUCUCGGAACUGAGGCGAAUCUACACCUUCUACAGCAGCUUAGGAUAUGACCAUUCUCUUGAUAACACUUUCCUGAUGACGAAGCUUCAGUUCUGGCGAUUUCUAAAGGACUGCAGAUUCCACCACUGCAACCUUACGCUUGCCGACAUGGAUAGGAUCCUGAAUGAUAAAACAUUACUUGAAGAGAUUCACUCUCCAUAUGAGACUUUGCUGCUCCGAAUGUUUUUGACAUAUCUCAUCUAUUUGUCCUUCCACAUCUAUCAUAAGGAGUUUGACAAUACGAGUCCCCGCCUCUUCAAGUGCUUCUGCAAGUUGAUGGUCAAGAAUAUCUGUCCUAACGCCUGCCAAAUAAAAGGCAUCUUGUUCAGCGACCGACAACAAACAGUUUACGCAAUCAAUUACAUUGACAAGUGUUGGGAGAUAUUCAGGGCCUUUUGUCGACCAAAUCCCGUUGCUCCGUACGAACCAACCAUGAAGAUGAGGCACUUUCUCUGGAUGCUGAAAGAUUUAAGACUCGUAAGCAAGCAGUUAACCGCUACCAAAAUUGUGAAUAUUCUGGCCAAAGACAGCCCUUGCGUGCGUGAUGGAGAGGACACUAACUUAGAACAUGAGCUUGUUUUCCUUGAGUUUUUCGAAGCUCUGCUGGACUGUGCCCUGUUGUACGUCACCGAUGAGAUGCUGAAACAGCAAGCAGAAGAAUCCAGUCGUUCAACAAGUUCCUUCAGAACAGAUGAGUUCAUAGACCCGGCUGCAGGGCCUCCUUUGGCUCAGGACUUGUCCUCUGGUCAGUCCGUUCAAACCAGAAGUCUAAGCAGUGGCGAAACAAGCACUGAGACCACAGAAACCCUGCAUGUCAAGGCUUCCACAAGCAAGAUUGUGCAUUUUGUGGAUGUUGGCAAGGGAAAGAAGUCCGAGAAAGGAAAAGGCAAGAAUGGAGGAAAAGAGGGCAAAGGAUCCCGGCACGGUUCAAAAUCUCCCAGUAAAGAAAAAAGUCUCUCUCCUCAGGCCAUGAGUUUUAAUGUCACCUUCUCUGCUAUCGUGGAAGAGAAAGAAGAAAGUUCAGCUCCGUCACUAUCAAGCGCGGAAGCAGGGCAAGAGUCAAUUCUUAGUGCUCCCAUGAAGGAAUUAGCAGAUAACCUCGAAAGUGCAAAGAACGAGCAGAAGGACAAACUUGGUUUAUGGAUGAGCCAGAUCUACAUCUUUUUUGUCAACAAAUUCUUUGCCGGCUACAAACACUUGGAAGUUGUGAAAGAAACCAUUAUAGACAACAGGAUUCGGCACGCUGAAUUCCUUGUACUGAAGAAGAUCCAAGAAGCUGAAGAAGAAGCAAAGCUUAAUGCUAUGAGGGAGGCAGAAGAAGCCAGAAAGCUAGAAGAAGCUGCAGCAGAAAAAGCAGCUCAGGAGCUGGAAGAAAGUUUGUGCAGAGAGCUGGAGGAAGCAUCGAUACAGCUGCAGUCUUCGCCAAAGGAAGAAUCCCCUGUUUCACCACAGGCGCCACCAAGCACCAAGACUACCGGAGGUGGGAAGAAGAAGAAAAAGGCAUAAAAGGAGCAGCUGUACAAUAUCAGAUUAUUGUACGGAGGCAUGCGGAAUCCAAACAUGCGGAAUGCAAUUCAUGUUAGCUUUGGAUUACAGGAGUAAUAAAUAUCGGAGCAAUAAAACUGAAUAACUUUGUGAAGAAAACCACGCACGAAUAAUUUCAGAUGCCGCCAGGUUUGUCAGAGAACUUUCAAACACAACCGCUAUAAGCCUUUCUUUCAUUUGGUUGCAAGACUGUGCAGUUCCAUGAGACUAUAAGUCAAGAGGACUUGCUUGCAAGUAGACAGGCAUUGGAUUGCAAGUAUCCAAACUGCUGGUGUAAUGCCCAGGUAGGGUCAGCUAGGAAAAAAUAUAAGAAAUGGGAUUUCCACUUAUUUCCAACUGAAAUGUGCAGGGGUGAGAUCACACUUUAAAUAUCUCACACCCUUCCAUUUUUUU